GCUUAAACCAUAUUGCGCUGUCUUUGAACGAAAUGCGGCAACUUGGUAACUUUUAAGCGCACAGCACAAUUCGCUCUCCCCCACAUAGAUAACAUAUUUCAUGCUUCGCACUACAACAACCUCGAUCGCUGCUAUUGCUAAUACCGCACGACGAAGAAUUCAGAUUUCAAGACCCAACUUGAGUUCCAUUCGCUUCAUUGGCUCGGAUGAAUCCACUCGGCCGUUUCCUUCCCCCUAUCCUACGCGACCCACGCAAAUUGCCAAGCCGGAAACCGACGGCCAAGAGCAACAACAACAACAACAACAGCAGCAGCAGCAGCAGCAAGAAGAAGAAACACAACGACAACAAAUAAAAAAACUCCCAGUCCCAAUGUCAACCUCAGAACAAGCAGCCCAUACCGAUCAUAGUGCCACCACUACGGCUAGCAAAGACGAUUCUAAUCAGUACAGUAACCUUAUGAACAACAGCAAUGAUACCAUUUUCGAAAACCAUUCCCUUAUCCAUGACCCUAAUGACUUUAUCGGCUCGACACCGUUUCAGCCACAACACCACUUUGAUACCUACAAACUAUUACUCGCAUUAGAACGACAAGGCUUUAGUCGCACACAAGCAGAGGUUGUUAUGAAAGGCAUCAAGUUCAAACUGCGCGAAAGCUCGGCAUUCAUACGGAGGCGUCUGCUAUUCAGAUCAGAUCUGGACAAUGAGACGUAUCUGUUUAAGGCAGGAUUAUCAGAACUACGAACAGAAGUGCAGACUAUGCGGCGAAGUGAUACACAGAUGCUACAAGCGGACAUGGCUACAGUGACACGCGAAGUGGAAGCUCUGGGUCAACGGUUACGGGAAGAUGUUGCUCUGAUGCGGAACGAAGUGACACUGGAUUUGAACAACCGAAAGAACGAAGGUCGGGAGGAACUGAAGGCCAUUGAUAUGCGGAUUCAGGAAAUUAAUAACAAGAUCACCGUGUCGCUGGGUGAAGUACGGACAGGCAUUGAAGCGGUUCGAUGGGAGACGAUCUGGAAAGGAAUGACGGGCGUUGCCGUAGCAGCCAUGGGGAUCGCUGGUGUAGGAUAUCUGCUGACGCGCUAUGCGGCGCGUAAAGCAGAAGCAAUCCGUGUACAAAAACAACGGCAGCUCAAACAGUUGCAGGAAGAUGCUCGGAUUGCCGGGGCGGCGGAUAUGGAAGUUGUCUAUUAAAGGCAUGGAAUAAUAGUAAUAAGACUUUGUACAUGUAAUGGAUGCAAUAGAUGCAAUGCUUAAAAUGCGUGGAUGGCUGCGGUAUGUUGUGGCAAACACACACACUGAGAAGGAAAGAGAUAGCAUGCCCUUUUUUGAGCUGUGCUUUUUAAGGGGAAAAGGAGUUAACAAAGAGAAGAUCCUGCUAACCAGAGGGUCAUGUGCUACCUUCCUUUGUUGCGCGCGUGUGUGUGUGUGGUGUGGUG